AGGAGGGAAGAGCUGAGGGGCGCGUCGCCAGCGCCUGUGUCUCCCUGGCGCGGGUCCCCCAGGCUAGCCCGCUGGCCCGUCCGCGCGCGCGCUCCGCAGCCGCCCCCGGCCCGCGCGCCCCUUCCCGGGGCUCCUGGCCUCUCCUCAGCGGCUGCAGGCUCUUCGUCGCGGGCCGGGCUGCACGCGAGCGCCCUCCGGGCAGACUUUCGUCCCCCCUCCCCCGGGAGCGCGGAAGGCUCACUCCCAGCGCACGGUCUACCCGCGCCGGGUGGAGUCCCGGCGUCCAGAGAGCUGCGGCCGCGGCUGUGCAGCAGAGGCGCCUCGGGCAGGAGGAGGGCGGCUUCCGAGAGGGCAGCCUGAGGUAUUAAAAAGUGUCAGCAAAGCUGCAUUGAAUAACAGACAUCCUAAGAGGGGAUAUUUUCCACCUCUAUAAUGAAGAAAAGCAGGAGUGUGAUGACAGUGACGGCCGAUGAUAAUGUUAAAGAUUAUUUUGAAUGUAGCUUGAGUAAAUCCUACAGUUCUUCCAGUAACACACUUGGGAUCGAUCUCUGGAGAGGGAGAAGGUGUUGCUCAGGAAACUUACAGUUACCACCGCUGUCUCAAAGACAGAGUGAAAGGGCAAGGACUCCUGAGGGAGAUGGUAUUUCCAGGCCGACCACACUACCUUUGACAACGCUUCCAAGCAUUGCUAUUACAACUGUAAGCCAGGAGUGCUUUGAUGUGGAAAAUGGCCCUUCCCCAGGUCGGAGUCCACUGGAUCCCCAGGCCAGCUCUUCCUCUGGGCUGGUACUUCACACCACCUUUCCUGGGCACAGCCAGCGCAGAGAGUCAUUUCUCUACAGAUCAGACAGCGACUAUGACUUGUCACCAAAGGCGAUGUCGAGAAACUCUUCGCUUCCAAGCGAGCAACAUGGCGAUGACUUGAUUGUAACUCCUUUUGCCCAGGUCCUUGCCAGCUUGCGAAGUGUGAGAAACAACUUCACUAUACUGACAAACCUUCAUGGUACAUCUAACAAGAGGUCUCCAGCUGCUAGUCAGCCUCCUGUCUCCAGAGUCAACCCGCAAGAAGAAUCUUAUCAAAAAUUAGCAAUGGAAACGCUGGAGGAAUUAGACUGGUGUUUAGACCAGCUAGAGACCAUACAGACCUACCGCUCUGUCAGUGAGAUGGCUUCUAACAAGUUCAAAAGAAUGCUGAACCGGGAGCUGACACACCUCUCAGAGAUGAGCCGGUCAGGGAACCAGGUGUCUGAAUACAUUUCAAAUACUUUCUUAGACAAGCAGAAUGAUGUGGAGAUCCCAUCUCCCACCCAGAAAGACAGGGAGAAAAAGAAAAAGCAGCAGCUCAUGACCCAGAUAAGUGGAGUGAAGAAAUUAAUGCAUAGUUCAAGCUUAAACAAUACAAGCAUCUCACGCUUUGGAGUCAACACUGAAAAUGAAGAUCACCUGGCCAAGGAACUGGAAGACCUGAACAAAUGGGGUCUUAACAUCUUUAAUGUGGCUGGAUAUUCCCACAAUAGGCCCCUAACAUGCAUCAUGUAUGCUAUAUUCCAGGAAAGAGACCUCCUGAAGACAUUCAGAAUCUCAUCUGACACAUUUAUAACCUACAUGAUGACUUUAGAAGACCAUUACCAUUCCGACGUGGCAUAUCACAACAGCCUGCACGCUGCUGAUGUAGCUCAGUCAACCCACGUUCUCCUUUCUACACCAGCAUUAGACGCUGUCUUCACAGAUUUGGAAAUCCUGGCUGCCAUUUUUGCAGCUGCUAUCCAUGACGUUGAUCAUCCUGGAGUCUCCAAUCAGUUUCUCAUCAACACAAAUUCAGAACUUGCUCUGAUGUAUAAUGAUGAAUCUGUGUUGGAAAAUCAUCACCUUGCUGUGGGUUUCAAACUGCUGCAAGAAGAACACUGUGACAUCUUCAUGAAUCUCACGAAGAAGCAGCGUCAGACACUCAGGAAGAUGGUUAUUGACAUGGUGUUAGCAACUGAUAUGUCUAAACAUAUGAGCCUGCUGGCAGACCUGAAGACAAUGGUAGAAACGAAGAAAGUUACAAGUUCAGGCGUUCUUCUCCUAGACAACUAUACUGAUCGCAUUCAGGUCCUUCGCAACAUGGUGCACUGUGCAGACCUGAGCAACCCCACCAAGUCCUUGGAAUUGUAUCGGCAAUGGACAGACCGCAUCAUGGAGGAAUUUUUCCAGCAGGGAGACAAAGAGCGGGAAAGGGGAAUGGAAAUUAGCCCAAUGUGUGAUAAACACACAGCUUCUGUGGAAAAAUCCCAGGUUGGUUUUAUCGACUACAUUGUCCAUCCAUUGUGGGAGACCUGGGCAGAUUUGGUACAGCCUGAUGCUCAGGACAUUCUCGAUACCUUAGAAGAUAACAGGAACUGGUAUCAGAGCAUGAUACCUCAAAGUCCCUCACCACCACUGGACGAGCAGAACAGGGACUGCCAGGGUCUGAUGGAGAAGUUUCAGUUUGAACUGACUCUCGAUGAGGAAGAUUCUGAAGGACCUGAGAAGGAGGGAGAGGGACACAGCUAUUUCAGCAGCACAAAGACGCUUUGCGUGAUUGAUCCAGAAAACAGAGAUUCCCUGGGAGAGACUGACAUAGACAUUGCAACAGAAGACAAGUCCCCAGUUGAUACAUAAUCCCCCUCUCCUUGUGGAGAUGAACAUUCUCCCCUUGAUGAGCAUGCCAGCUAUGUGGUAGGGCCAGCCCACCAUGGGGGCCAAGACCUGCACAGGACAAGGGCCACCUGGCCUUUCAGUUACUUGAGUUUGGAGUCAGAAUGCAAGAUCAGGAAGCAAAGAGCAGCUCAGGAAAUCCCACGGUUGACUUGCCUUGCUGGCAAGCUUGGUGGAGAGGGCUGAAGCUGUUGCUGGUGGCCGGUUCUGAUCAAGACACAUGGCUUGAAAAUGGAAGACACAAAACUGAGAGAUCGUUCUGCACUAAGUUUCGGGAACUUAUCCCCGAUAGUGACUGAACUGACUGACUAAUAACUUCAUUUAUGAAUCUGCUCACUUGUCCCUUUGUCUGCCAACCUGUGUGCCUUUUUUGUAAAACAUUUUCAUGUCUUUAAAAUGCCUGUUGAAUACCUAGAGUUUAGUAUCAACUUCUACACAGACAAGCUUUCAAAGUUGACAAACUUUUUUGACUCUUUCUGGAAAAGGGAAAGAAAAUAGUCUUCCUUCUUUCUUGGGCAAUAUCCUUCACUUUACUACAGUUACUUUUGCAAACAGACAGAAAGGAUACACUUCUAACCACAUUUUACUUCCUUCCCCUGUUGUCCAAUCCAACUCCACAGCCACUCAUAACUUCUCUCUGUUUGCUUGCCUUCAACAAUACUUUUUCUCCUCUGGAGUUUAACUUUUUGCUGUAAACAGAAUAAAAUUUAACAAAUUAGGGGGUAGAAAGGAGCAGUGGUGUCAUUCACCAUAAGAGUGUGCAUAGCACUAAGCAGUGUGCCCUGCUGUGUCUUGGACCCUGCCCCUGACAGGAGUUGUACAGUCCCUGGCCCUGUUCCCUACCUCCUCUUUUCACCCAGUUACGCUGUUUUCAAUGUAAUGCUGCCGUCCUUCUCUUGCACUGCCUUCUGCGCUAACACCUCCAUUCCUGUUUAUAACCGUGUAUUUAUUACUUAAUGUAUAUAAUGUAAUGUUUUGUAAGUUAUUAAUUUAUAUAUCUAACAUUGCCUGCCAAUGGUGGUGUUAAAUUUGUGUAGAAAACUCUGCCUAAGAGUUACGACUUUUUCUUGUAAUGUUUUGUAUUGUGUAUUAUAUAACCCAAACAUCACUUAGGAGAGACAUACGGCCCCCUUGGCAGAGAGGACAGGGGUGGGCUUUUGUUCACAGGGUCUGCCCUUUCCCUGCCUGAGUUGCUACUUCUGCACAACCCCUUUAUGAACCAGUUUUGGAAACAAGAUUCUCACAUUAGAUGCUAAAUGGUUUAUACUGAGCUUUUACUUUUGUAUAGCUUGAUAGGGGCAGGGGGCAAUGGGAUGUAGUUUUUACCCAGGUUCUAUCCAAAUCUGUGUGGGCAUGAGUUGGGUUAUAACUGAGUCCUACUAUCAUUGUGGCUUUGGUUCAAAAAGCAACACUACAUUUGCUCACAGAUGAUUCUUCUGAAUGCUCCCAAACUACUGACUUUGAAGAGCUAGCCUCCUGCCUGCCAUUAAGCAGGAAUGUCGUGUUCCAAUUCAUUACGAAAGAAAACAAUGAAACAAUGUGAAUUUUUAUAAUAAAAUGUGAACUGAUGUAGCAAAUUAUGCAAAUGUGAAGCCUCUUCUGAUAACACUUGUUAGGCCUCUUGCUGAUGUCAGUUUCAGUUUGUAAAAUAUGUUUCAUGCUUUCAGUUCAGCAUUGUGACUCGGUAAUUACAGAAAAUGGCACAAAUGUGCAUGACCAAUGGGUUUGUGUGUCUAUGAACACUGCAUUGUUUCAGGUGAACAUUUGAUCGUUUUCAAACGUUUCUCACAAUGUAUGUUAUAGUAUUAUUAUUAUAUAUUGUGUUCAAAUGCAUUCUAAAGAGACUUUUAUAUGAGGUGAAUAAACAAAAGCAUGAUUAGAUUA